CUAUGGCCUGUUAAUGUUGGACAAUGACAUGAAUGAAACAGAAAGAAAUUCGGGCUUUCGCUGAGCUGAGGACGACCGCGGACCAGGAACUUGCAGAAAAUAAAGCCUAAAGAUGGCCACCCAGGAUGUGAAAGCUAAUGUUAAGCCUCAUGAGGACAGUGGACGUGGUGAAAUCUGGACUGUUGAAGACACCAGACACCUCAUCUCCAUCUGGGGAGACCCCAGCAUACAGCGGAAACUCAGGAGCAUCUUCAGAAACAACACGGUCUAUGACGAGAUCUGCCAACGACUGCGGGAGCACGGUGUCUACCGGACCCCGGCCCAGUGCAGGAACAAGACCAAAAACCUGCGCAAGGGCUUCCGUGAGCUCAAGCUGGGCAACGGCCGGUGCAGCAGGUCUGUCAGCCGGCAGUCCAGUCUCUUCUUUGAGGAGCUGGAGAGGGUCUGGGGCCAGGAUUACCAGAACAAUCCUGGAGAGUUUGGUGGGCACGAAGGAGAAAUAUUCCCCACUGAGAAUAAAGAUGGUGAAGACAAUGGCACAUUAAAUGAUGGCUGCAGCAUUGAUGGAGCUACUUUGAGUGAUGUCGAGCCUCGUGAGUACGACUCGGGAGACACCACACAGAGUCAUGGCCCAGAGAGAGUGUUGGCCCCUCACAUCUACUCCCCGGAGCUUCACAGGACGUACACAGACAGGAAGAGAGCAGAGUCCGGGGCGACAAGCCUGGCCGCCUUGCAGCAGCUUAACCAGGAGAACAUGGAGAGGAUGAAGGACACGGUGUUGGAGCUGAAUCGGUCUUUCCUGGAGCAGAUGUCGGCGGCCGAGGAGCGAAGGGAAAGACUCAGCAAGGAGCACGAGGUCCGACUGUUUGAGAUGUUCUUGCAAAACAGCUCAGGGAGGUCAUCUCAAUCAUCCAAGGUGUACCCCGUUCGACUGGCCCAUUCGGACAUGCAGCAUCAUUCAAAUCACGACCAGCCAUCACAGGGAAGUGACCAGUCGGUCAACCGCACUAUGCCUGAUUGUCAUGCAGCUAAUAGGCCGGUUGGUAUUGAGGAAGGCCAGUAUGCCAAAGCAGAAAGGUUGUCUAGCCAGGGACAGUCUACUCCAGGUCAGCCACUCAGAACACCAAAGGUCAACAGUUCCUCCCUGAGAUGUCUAGCUCUUAGGCUGCAUCCAGGGGAUGAGAUAAAGGAAUCCCUGAGGAGGUUGGCAGAGGAGAAAGGCAUCCAGGCUGCCUGCAUCCUUUCCUGUGUUGGAAGUGUCAGGUGUGCCGAGCUGAGGCUGGCCGACUCGACAACGGUGGUGAAGCUUAACACUAAUCAUGAGAUUGUGUCACUGGUCGGGACAGUAUCCACUGCUGGUAUGCACCUUCAUGCUUCCCUGGCAGAUGAAGAAGGGAAGGUUGUAGGAGGGCAUGUUAUAGGCAACAUGGAGGUUUUCACUACAGCAGAGAUCUUGAUAGGACAACUUCCCCAGGUUGUAUUCAAGAGAGAAAUGGAUAAAGAGACGGGAUACCAUGAACUGGUUGUGGAAGGAAACACGGACAUUUCAUAACAAAGCUGGACAUAUUUUUCAUACCAUUUGGGAAAUUGAUUUAUUGUAAAAUACAUUUUUGAAGCCUGAUUUCCAGAAAGAAUAAAGAAGCAUAAGAAAAAUGAAAAGCGAACUAGUUGACCAAGAUUCCCCAAAACUUGCCAAUGUUGUUAUUUUCAGAAAUAGUAAAAUAAAUAUGAUGAAUGAAGAUGUCAAAAUAGGAUCCCCAAAACUUGAGUGAUGAUAUUUUAUACCACUUCCUGCCAGGCACUUUCUGAUGUUGAGGCUGCUGGGCGGGGAACUUUUUUUCGUUUUUUUGUUUUUCUUCAAAAAUUCAUAUCUUUAUUUACUGCACGUGUACACCCAAAAGAAUGACUGUCUUGUGGUGACUCUAAUCUGACAGGCAACCUCCAUUGACGCGCAAGUAUUUCAGUCAUGCAUGCUGCCUAGUAAAGAGCCCCCUUAUGCGGAGUCACAUGAUUUCCUCUUAGUUCAGGGAAUUAGCCCAGUGCAUUGCUCCAUUGGACGGCCGCUGCUGCUAUGCAGAACACGUGGGCCAUGAAGCUGAACCGGGCCAUUCAACAAGCACAUGGGCAUAACAAAACUGCACAAUGCGGCCAGAUUUCACGAGUGCUCAGCAGUAUUGUAUCGCUAAUCACUGGAGCAAGUGCUUUCGUCCACGCUUAUAAUCCACUGGUGCUGGCAGCGGCAAACAAUGAUACUGUUUCAAAACAAUGACAGAUUAUUUAAAUAUAAAUAUGAGUUGGAUAUGGGCAAGAGCCUUAUUUCAAUGACAGUUUACCUCUGCUAAUGGCCAGCACUCUGCACUGCCAGCUACUGUACGAACCUUCAAUGGCAAAUCCCAGCAAUUCGGUCUUUUGUUUCCAAGUGAGUAAAGGCCCAGUUUUCUGGUCCAGUGAAGCCACUGUUGCAACUCAAUGAUGGAAUUACCUUCGCUGAUGGCUCAAACUUACUGCACGUACUUACAGUAAGUAACCUCUUCUAAAAACGGCCAGCAACAUUAUUUUUGUCUUAAAGAAAGCUCCGAAAGAGAGCACCCCAACCUUGUUGGCCACACACUAUGUCUCCGGUACCGGGCUUCACCGUGCAAAGUGGUUAGUGGCCUAGUACAGGUAACAAUGUUCUGUACUUGGGAAGUCCUACCCACAUUGGACACCUAUGGACUACUGUGCAUUUGGCUGGCCAUUUCACAAGUAACUUUUUGAGGAACAAUUAUUUUUAUGGUGUGCUAAUCCUAAAAAGUUCCAAAGAUUAUGGCAAAAUUUGUUGAGAUCAUCAGCAAUUUAUGUUUAAGACAAUCGGUCUCUUACUUGAAAUAAGAAAAUGAACGUUUUUGGGGGGAAAGUUGCGUAAGCUUUCCUAGGGUUCACAGAAACGAUCACCCAUUUUAUACUUUUGAACAUUAAAUUUAUUUGGUUUGAACAAAUGUACCUGAGUUUCCAGAAGUUAGGGUUCCCUGUUUUUUCGUGUCCCGGUCACGUGACAUAUGACUUUGUAA